UCCUGUUUUUAAAGACAUGGAACAAUACUAGCAAGUACCCUGAAUGUGCUCCCAGAACUGUGUGAGGGACUUUAUCUUUAGAUGAAAAAGCCCAGCCCUGACCAUUGAAGCUCAUGUCCUGAGUAAAUUCACAGAAUCUCAGUCUUGACAGCCUCGGCUGGGAUCUGGAAAGCUCUCCAGUGUGGGCCAGAACCAUAUUUGAACUCUCGCAUGGGUAGCAAAAGGAUUAACAAGGAGCUGUGAAGGAUGUUUUCCGUCUCUCCAAAUACAGAAAUCUGACUCAAGGAUGUCAUCUGACUAUUGAAGGGUGAACACAAGAUUUGAGCUCAGACCAAUAGCUCUCCAAGUUCGCACUCUCUUCCCUCCUGAUCGUUUCUAGAGAUAGGAGUCCCUCAAAGGCCUUUUCUUUCUGACAUGUUCGCUCUUGUUUUAGCGAAGUUUUGGGGCCUCUUCUGCUGAGCUGAGUGACCGCUGCUUCCCACACUUCCCCGCAGCUUGGGAAUCCCGCAAGGAGUGAGGAACAAGUAUCCACUAGGGGAUCCCAUCAUGGAGGCCCUCAGCUAGAGGCAGGAGCAGUGCCGGAGCUGGGCUGCAGGAAGAGGCAGGGAGAGCCAGGGAGGAGGGCGACAGUCCUCAGCUUACUCAGCCCAUGGCACCACAAGCAAGAUCGCGGCAGGUAGGCGCUGAGCCUCUGCAAGGUGCUGCACUUGUCCGGGGCUAUGACUCACAUUAGGAAGUCCAAGCCAACCCAAAAGGGCAAAAUGAAGCCUCAGCAGCUAGCGGCGCCUCAGAGCUGCUAGCGAUGUGACGUUCGCGUCGUCGGACCAGACAGAGCCCGAGCAGGGGCCUCACUCGGGGUCCAGCUCCACAGGGCACAAUGAAUAGCAACUUCUGCCGAGCCCUGGUGGACCGCGGUGCCCCCAGCGGCAUGCAGCUGGGUGUCGUGGCAGCGGGACAGACGCCGCUGGCAGCCACCGAACCCCUGGGCAACGUUCCCUUCUUGCUGUACCCGGGCCACGCAGAGCCGUCUUACUACGACGCCUAUGCUGGGGUGUUCCCCUACGUGCCCUUCCCGGGAGCCUUCGGGGUCUACGACUACCCGUUCGAGCCCGCCUUCAUCCAGAAGCGCAACGAACGCGAGCGGCAGCGCGUCAAGUGCGUGAACGAGGGCUACGCGCGCCUCCGUGGCCACCUCCCCGGUGCCUUGGCCGAGAAGCGCCUCAGCAAGGUGGAGACGCUGCGCGCUGCCAUCCGCUACAUCAAGUACCUGCAGGAGCUGCUGAGCGCCGCCCCCGACGGAGCGUCACCCGCCGCCACCCCCCCGCCGCCCGCCCACGCAGGUCACGGCGACGCGCCGCAGCUCCCGUCCCUGGUGGCCAAGUCCAGUGUGUCCUCCUCUUUUUCCUCCUCGCCUUUCUUGGAAUCCGAGGAAUCCAGCCUUUGAUCUGGCCAGAGGCCUGACUUGUCCCUCUAGGGAACAGCAGGGGGUCUUCUGGGUCAUCUGUGCGGGGGCAGGACAGUGAUGUUCGAGAUCUGUGAUCCCACCUCCACCGACUUGAGCCAGAUGUUCGGGCCUAGGGAAGAAAGGGACAGAUAGGGAUCUCAGGAGGUGGUUAGUGCAGUGGAGCCCUGGACAAUUCCUAGACCGGCCUCAGCGCGGCUCUGAUGUCCAUGACAGCAACAGGUCCCCUGGAAGCCGGCGGUACUUUGACUAUUAUGCGCCAUGCUUGAACCUUCCACAAGAUGGCCUCAAAUACUAGCGAGGAGUUUGAUUGCCCCUAGAGAGCAGGAAUUCAGAGGGAGGGACUAGGGAAGGGAGGGCAGGCAGCUGCUGGAGCUGACAGACUUAAGAGAGAAAGAGAGAGAGAGAGAGAGAGAGAGAGAGAGAGAGAGAGAGCCUGUAGCUUCCCUCUCCCACCCUUCAGCAUAGUUUCCCUGUUUUUUCCCAUGUUAAGGACUUCAUGCCUCCCACAACCACAAGACUUGUACGCUUCUUGUAAGCUUCCAUUGACAUUGUGUUUGCAUCAGGGGUUAAAUAAAAGGACUAUGAAAUUUGUGAUUCCUGAAUUAGUGUCUAUGCCCACCCUCCACCGUGUUCCUCUUCUUCAUUUGAUUCCACAGCCCAGGAUACUUGCUGCAAGGGUAUAUGGGUGUUUACUAGCUCAUGCAGCCAAGUAACACUUCCAGAGAGCUGAGUGUAUGCAGAGACUGUGUGCAGGAGGGCUCAGGGUUCCAGACAGAAAUCGGACAGAGCUUGUACAGAGAGGGCUAUGACGGCCAGGGGGCAGGGGAGAGCCGUGCACACUCAAGGUUGGGUUGCCUGGGAGCCUUUCACUCAAGUGGGAGAGGGGCCCCAUGCCUGACAGGAGAAGACACGUGGUGGUAAGAGCGAGAGGGGCCUGGUCGGAUCCUGACAGAUGCUGAGUCUGGAGUGGAUGGAGAUCCGCCAGGCUAGGCUACCGCCCAGCACAUUCUCUGGACAAAGUCAUAGAGCUGUGCUGGGGGGAAACUUUAUCUCAGCAUGAGGGACCUGUCUGAAUUCUGUGCCUCCACACCACAGGCUCCUCUCCCUGAACCCCAUUGCCCCAGCUCCGAAGCCUUCCUGUCUCCCACCGCCCCUGCCCCAUCUCAGGCCUGGGUGUAAUAAGGGAUACCCUCUACUGGCUCAAGUCUCGCCCCUUUGCACCCAGCCUUUGCCCUCCUUGGGGGCAGAUUGGGAUGUCACUGGCUGGACUGGAAGGAAUGACAGCUGCCUGGCCUCAGGAGCUUGGGCUGGGCAGCAGGGGCUAAUUUUACUCGCUGGGAGUAGAGAG